AUCAUACCACGAAAAGUAACCAAGGCGAGAUGGAUAAUGAAAAUAGUUGUGUCAAAUAACUUUAGUCUAUUUUAUGGAGAAUUACAAUUUUUUUGAAAACUUUGUAUAGAGAAGAAAAUAAACAUAAUGGACAACCUAUCGAAUAUACAAUGGAACAAAGUUGCGCCAUGCCUUGUUUUAUUAAUUUUAGAUGUAGUAUUAGAAUUUUCAGAAUGUACGACACAAGCAGAAGUGAACAAACACUUACAACUCGGAAUGGAUUUCCUAGUUCGCGGUCAGCUCUCUGAUGCUCUGACACACUAUCAUGCAGCUGUUGAGGGUGACCCAAACAAUUACCUCACAUACUUUAAACGAGGCACAGUGUAUUAUGCUCUUGGAAAAGCCAAAUUUGCUCUACAAGAUUUUAGUAAGGUGUUAGAAUUGAAGCCGGACUUCACUUCCGCCAGAAUGCACCGUGCUGAGGUUUACUUUAAGUUAGCUGAAUACUCCAAAGCCAAAGAAGAAUUCCUACAAGUGACAUACGAGGACCCGUACAACGAGGAGGCGGUCGCGUACUACAACCAGUGCGACAGCUGGGUGUCCGAAGCACGCCUGGCGCAGGCCUACAUCCGCGGAGGUGACCACCGCGCGGCCGCUGACACUCUGUCGCGCCUGCUUGAGGUGUCGCCAUGGUCUGCUGCGCUGCGCCAGCUCCGAGCUGACUGCUACAUCGCGCUAAACGACCUGUUCUCAGCCGUGUCCGACAUCCGGGCUGUCAACCGACUGCAGCAAGACCACACGGACGGCUACUACCGCCUGGCCACGCUGCUCUACCAACUCGCUCACGUCGGCGAUGCCUUGAAGGAAGUUCGAGAAUGUCUUAAACUAGACCCGGAGCACAAACUAUGCUUCCCAUUGUACAAGAAGCUCAAGAAGGUGGACAAGUUGCUGCUGCAGUGUGAGGAGCUCAGCGAAGGCGGUCAGUUCUCGCGCUGCGUGGAGUCGGGUCGACAGGUGUUGAAGACAGAAGAUACAGUCACUCUUGUGGUGUUCGAGGCCAAGCGCUGGAUAUGCAGUUGUUCUGUCAAGGAUGAGCAAUUUACCGAGGCGUUGUCUGCAUGUGGCUCGGCUAUCAAGCUGCAGCGGGAGGCGCGUGUUCUGGCGGACCUUGCUGAUGCCUACAUCGGACUGGAGAUGUUGGACGAUGCGAUCAGAACGUUCAAAGAGGCUUUGGAGCUGGAUGAGGGCUUCCAGCGGGCCAAGGACGGGCUGGCGCGUGCGCAGCGGCUGCAGAAGCAGGCCGAGCAGAGGGACUACUACAAGAUACUGGGAGUGAAGCGGUCGGCCAGUAAGCAAGAGAUCGUCAAGGCAUACCGUAAGGCGGCGCAGAAGUGGCACCCCGACUCCUAUCAGGGAGACGAGAAGAAGGUGGCAGAGAAAAAGUUUAUCGACAUCGCCGCGGCCAAAGAGGUGCUGACGGACCCUGAGAAGCGCGCGCAGUUCGACUCUGGCGUGGACCCUCUGGACCCCGAGUCCGGCCGCCAGCCCUUCCAACAGAAUCCCUUCCAUCACUUCCAGCACGGCUCGCCCUUCCAGUUCAAGUUCCACUUCAACUGACCCACACCCACCAACCAUCUUACCAUCUCUAUUGUCCAUUUUGAGUCUAUUCUUCCGACUAAUCCUCUCCUCUCCUCUCUGUUACAUAAUGUGCAAACAAGCCUUCUAAAUUUUUAUAUCGCAAUAUACAGGGUAAUCGUGAUUUCUUGCACAAGAUCUCAAAGGAAUAGCCGAUUAGCAUCGUUAGAUAUUAAAAUUUCGAAAAUCCAUCUAUAAUAUCAUUACGCCCUUUUUGCACACCAACGAGUAGAUAGACGAGGUAGUUUAGUAGCUGAUAAGAGCGUGCGGCGCGGGUCGUGACAGCCAGUACAGCUGCGAUGGUGAACCCACCUUGUACCAUCGAUAAAAUUAAUCAGUGAGACGCUCCUUUGCACUGGAUACCGGCUAGAUUAUGGGUACCACAACGGCGCCUAGUUCCGCCGUGAAGCAGUAAUGUGUAACCAUUUUUGUGUUUCGGUCUGAAGGGCGCCCUAGCUACUGAACUUACUGGGCAAAUAAGACUUAACAUCUUAUGUCUCAACGAGCGCAAUAAUUGUAGUGUAAUUCUUGGAUUUCUCAAGAUUCCUGAGCGGCUCUGCAUUGUAAUGGGCAAGGCGUAUCAAUUACCAUCAGCUGAAAGUCCUGCUCGCCUCGUCCCUUAUUUUCAUAAAAAAAAAUAUAUUCGCACGCAAAAAUUUUUUUAUGACAAUUAGUGGACUGUAUCUAAUUCAAAUUCAAAUAUUUUUAUUCAAAAUAGGAUUUAUAAUCACUUAUUGAACGUCAAAAUCUACCACCCAUUCAAAAGAGAGUGCCUCAGACCUGAGAAGAAUGGGCGCAAGAAACUCAGCGGGCUUUUUUUUUAUAUAAAAUAUGGAUUACAAUGUAAUAUCGUACAAUAAACAUUAAUAAUUAAAGAGCCUGAGGGUGUUCGCUUUAAUCCCAGUCCGUGGUGUCAUUAAGAAAAUCGUUUAUGCUGUAAUAACCUUUCCCACACAAACGUUUUUUAACAAUUCUUUUAAAUUCCGUAACACAUUUGUUUUGUACAUUUUCUGGGAUCAUAUUGUAGAAUAUACAUCGCCCAACAAAAGACUUACUAACUCGACCCAACCGAGUAGUAGGCAUAACAAGUUUAUGUUUGUUCCUCGUGUUAACAUUAUGAAUGUCACAGUUUCUAGAAAAUUCCUCAAUGAACAUACAAAACAUUAUCAAAAAUGUAUUGAAAAGCAACAGUCAAAAUGUUUAUUUCUUUAAAUUUUUCUCUUAAUGAUUCUUUAGGACCUAGGUUAUAAAUCGCGCGAAUAGCCCUCUUCUGCAGCACAAAGAUAGUAUUAAUAUCGGCCGCACUGCCCCAUAACAAUAUACCAUAGGACAUAACACUAUGAAAAUAACUAAAGUAUACUAAGUUAAAUGAUAUUAGUUAUUUUGGAAAUGUAUGUUCAAGCGCAUUUCGACCUACUUGUUUAUUAUGAUUGUAGUAAAAUGACAUUAAGGUGGGUCACUAUUCAAUUUUGUCGGUAGUACGUUAAGCCUCGACACGUAGGUCGAGCAUGGCUUUGAUUUGAAUGGUGUUCUAAUAGUUGUUUUACCAUUUACUGAAAUUUUCAAGUUAAUAGUAUGUAUUUGUUAGUAAAUUCGUUUUUACUAAAUUAUUAAAUGUAAUAACAGCACCAUAAUUGCUUCACUGAUUAAUUAAUAAUUAUAGCCUCCUUUUUGCCUAAUAUUAUAAAAUCACCCUGUAUAUAUACCGCGCGUGUACUGUUGCCCUAGUCUUCGUCCAGCGCUCCGCACAGCUUUAUUCAGUUCCAUAAUAUGAUGAUGUGAUAAUUUGAUUGGUUAUUGAGAAUUAUUAUAAUGUUCAUGAAUUAAAUUAUCAUUUGAUUUAAUUUAAAACUAUUUUACAUACAACUUUGUAAAAGCAGUUAUAAAUCUGUACUUUUUGUGUAUGUAUACUAACUAUAAAUUGUAAGUUAGGAUUCCUGUGUUCUACUAUUAACGUUUAUAUAUGUAUCCAUAGUUUCAAAUGCGUGAUAUAUACAACAUUAACGGCCGUUCCCAAUAUUCAGUCUAUCUUAUACUUGAGAUAAAAAUCGGAACCAUCGUUGACUUUUCAGUCCCAACAUAUAGCUUACCAUCGAUAUAAAGUUUGUAUGGAAAUUGCAAUUCACGCGUCCCAAUAUAAGGCGAUAAGAAUGACUUAUCGGGUAUAUUGGGACAGCUUCAGAUUAUUGACAGCUAAUUACUGAUACUAUAAGGUAGUAAUUUAUCUCUAUCUGUAGAUAGUAUAUUGGGAACGGCCGUAAGUUGACCAAUCAAAACGCAUAUCUAGUCCAAUCUAAAAAAUAAAAAAUUAUAUUAAACUUUUUCUAAUGAAUGUUAUAACAGCUAACUACAGGGAGUGUUCCUUUGAUCCAGUUUAGGUUAGGAUUCACAAGUUAUGUGCUUUAUAAUGAGAUCACUAUGUUAAUUAAAGCUUUAUUAUAAUUAAACAAAAUUUUGUAUAAAUAAUACAAGAAAAGCAUAAUAAUGUUGCCAUAACAAAUAAUUUUUUUGAAGCCAGUUAAUAAUGAUAGUUAAUUCUUAAUAUUCCCCACCCUAACCUGUUUUGUGUCAAUUUUUCCUAGUAUACUCCGUGAUUGAGACAAUACAAUGUAGGAUGUUAAUACAAUGCGUGUAGUGGUCCUAAUGUUAUUGCGAGUGACGUCACUCAUGUUUCAAUGUUGCCAGCCGCUCUCCGCCAUCGUUCUUUUCCAACACUAACGUCAUUUGUUGACCGCGGUAAAACAAAUGGUGUUCUUGUUGGUGGUAGACUCGGCUACUGUCGAAAUGUCAGUGUUUUAUAUAAUUAAGUUAUUUUUGUUGUGAUUUAUAACUUGUAAAUAUUUAGAAAUAUAAGCGAUUAUAAAUUG